AUGUCCACCGGCUCUGCUGCAAGUGACGCUGAGGACUAUAAGACAUGCUGCAGAAGGACUGCCACCACUAUGGAGAGGACCGCACGGAAGAUUAACUGCUAUAAUCCCAGCCAGUAUUCGGAUGACGACUUCGAAGAUGACGGUGUGGAGGGGAGGACCAAGCAUGAGCGCAAACUCUCCAAGGCGCACCAGAGGGAAGCGCGGCAGUCGCAAAGAAACGCGGCCAACGCCAGGGAGAGGGCGCGGAUGAGAGUGCUGAGCAAAGCCUUCUCCAGACUAAAAACCAGCCUCCCCUGGGUACCAGCGGACACCAAACUGUCCAAAUUGGACACGCUUCGACUCGCCUCGAGCUACAUCUCUCACCUGAGACAGCUUCUGCACGACGACCGAUACGAGAACCGCUUUGCGCACCCAGUCAAUCUGGUAUGA